UAUCAGGGUCUCACAUUUGCUCCAUUGCAAUGCAGAUUUCAACAAGUGCUAAUGCUAAUCGACAACUGGCCAUGCACUCUGCAGGCAGACUUGGAAUACUUACUAUUUUCGAUUAAAGAGUUUUUUCCACAUCUUUUUUGUUGUUUUGGUGCUUCCACUUUCCAGCUUCCGAGGUCGUGUUUGAACGUGUCAUUUUGAUUUAAUUGCUAACUAGAGUUCAGAUUUUGUUUGCACCGUAUUGAGAGUCUGUUGGGACUGAGCGCGUCGGGUACGGGAACAACAUUUUUCGGAAUUGCUAGCACUUUGGAUACUGACGAUCUGGUUAACUGGUGCGAUAAUGCCCAAAUAUCCUGGAGUAUUUCAUGGGCUCUGCGUUAUCCUUGCGAUUGUAGUUAGUGGCCUUCUUGCUGUGGUAGUGUUGUGUGGGCUUCAUGGCGCGGCGUCGAUGUCCUGCCCGCGCACACACGCUGACACUGAUGACUGGGCUGCUAAGUUCCCCGGGACACUCGCAAUGCUGGCGGGCUUACUGCACAUUGUAACGGCCGUCUUGGCAGCUUACGCUGGGUAUUACUUCCGGAACAAGGAAGACAUGCCCGGAGGAAUACGUGCCGCUACGGGAGCCAGUUUGGGCGCUCCUUUCGGGGGGGGCGGAAGAAGGAGUUGCUAAUCCGGCUAGAGCGCGACGCCGUCCCUCCAUCCUACCAAUUGUAGCGCUAAUGCUUCUUGCGUGCGCGGUUGCGAUUCCAACUAUUGGAGAUCCAUCCUCAUUUUUAACCGAGCAGUACCCGUUAAUGUUUGUCAAGUAUCACGACGUAGCAGUGACACUGAGCAGUAGUCUGGAAGAAUUGUGCGAAGAAAUGGCACGACAGUACAACAUCCCUGGAUUCUCUGCGCCCAAUGUCAUCGGCGAAACGUGCUACACCUGCGGCCGAAUAUUACCAAAUCCCGAUGGAUUGAAUGCAGAUAAUCUGUGGUUUCAGACAUCUGGACAGUUUGGAGCCGCCAUGUGCCGAUUAGAUAUUGGCUUGGUGAAAAACUGCGCCUUAUUUCCGGGACAGGUUAUCGUAGCCAAGGGAAUUUCCAACGGGAAAGUCUUCUCCGCAUCGGAAAUUUUUACAGGCGCACCUCCGAGGCUAGUUAAGCUGGCUUUACCAGAGAAAGACACGCUGCAUAUUUUAGCGGCUUGCGGACCGUUUAAUUUGGCAGGUGAAAGCCAACCGGAGCCCUUGAAAGAUUUUAUUGGAUAUGUUAUCGACACCAAGCCAGAUCUGGUUAUAUUCAUGGGUCCGUUUGUUGACGAAACAUUGGCACGUAAUGAGGAAUUCAUGAACGAAACAACGUUCGAAAACCAGUUCAAAUCUGUGAUGCAUUUUAUAUUUGCUCAAAUCCCCGAGAAUCUUCAUAUUCCGAUUAUCGUUGUUCCCAGCGCUGGUCAACUUGUGGGAGUGCCAGUCUAUCCUGUACCAAGAUUUACAAUGACUGAUUGUGUGGAAAACGCUGUAGCUUUCGCUAAAUCCGAUGUUACUCGUCUAUUAACCUUUGAACGGGAGCCGGCAUUGCUCAAUAUUAAUGGGAUAGUUGUCGGCCUGACAUCCACGGAUAUUUUGUCGCAUCUUUAUCAGCACGAACGGCGAUGGCGAUGCAAUGGACAAUCGGCCAACACUUCUUAUUGCUCUAUCGGAGUUACCGGCCUUUGCCAGAUUUGCUGCGGGUACUAUUUGUGUUAAUCCUGAGGCGAAUUUUUACGCGAGUUUUUAUCGAACUGCGGAUGACUGCCAUAGUGAAGCUGCAGCCAAAAUUGCGGCAGAUUUUAAUUAAAAUUUAAUUUUGUUUGUUUCCAACCAAUCUUUUGCCGAUUUUGGUCAAAUUUUACUUAGUUUAUUGUAUUUUGCAUAUGUAGAUAUCGUAAUUUCUGUUUUAGCAGCUGAAUGGAACGAAUAGUAACUGCGCUGUUUUUAUUGGCAACCGAAUAUGCAUUGGCAACUGUCUGAUAAGAACAAAGU